GUUUUCUAUUAUACCGUUACCAAGGAUACGUUGCCCUAAUUGUCAAAACAAAAUUCAUGUUUCUCGAAAUUUUGUCUUGUUGGGUUUUGUUGUUGAUUCUGCUUCUAACAAUCUUCAAAGAACGUCCAGACUUUCACGAAAGCAAUCAAUUUGACAAUGAAUUCACAAAUUUUAGAUGAUUGUUCUCUGAUUUGUUAUGAUUUUAAACCAUGCACCGACUAUUUCGAUCAAGUAAUCGGUCACAUCGAGGAUAUCGUAAUGGAGAAGGAAUUCCAGUCUUUGCAAAAAUCCUUCAUGGAUAAGUACUGCGAUGUAUUCGAAGACACGGACGAAAAUAAACUUAUUUACAUGGAAAUAUUUCAAGACUAUACUCAAAUCAUUGAAGACUACAUUGAAAAGCAACUAAACGAGCGGAUGGGUAGUUUUGAUAUGGAUAAAUUCGCUGAAGAUCUAAGACUGAAACGGCCAAAUUUGGAUGGUGAAAUUUUCGACUUGCUUCUGUCCCUUUUUGACUUUGUCAUGUUCAAAGAAAUGAUUUUGGACUUUAAGGCUGAAAAAGAGGGAAAAUUCAACGACGUGCAACUUGGUAUAAUUGUAACAAAACUAACAGAGUUUGACGGGAGCUUCAUGAAAUAAUUGAACCUAAUUGUAAAUUUUUAUCGUAAUAUUUUUGCGUGAUGUAUUUGAUAUGUUUCCGAAGGAAUAUGUACUCGAGGGAUAUAUUUGUAUUUGCCAGUUUUCUUCAAUAUAAACAGAUUGUAAAUUC